ACAAAUUCCAUCUGUCAUUUCAUUCAUGUUAGAGGUUAGCGACCGCGUAUUGAUAUUUUUAUGAUUUAGUUAGUUUUUUAAUAAUGCCUUACUGGUAUUAUGACAAGAAAGAUCUACAGAACACGCCGUCGUUUCGAGAUGGAAUUAACAACGAGACAGAGAACCGCUACCGCAAGGAGGGCGCAAGAUUCAUUAUUGACACAGGGUCGAAGAUGGACUUAGGUUAUAAUACAGUGGCGACUGGUGUUGUUUAUUUUCAUCGGUUUUACAUGUUCCACUCGUUCAGGACAUUCCCUAGAUAUAUAACCGCGUGUUGCUGUUUGUUUUUGGCGGGAAAAGUUGAGGAAACUCCGAAAAAGUGUAAAGAUAUAAUCAAAGUGGCGAAGUCUUUGCUGACGGAGCAGAAGUUUGCGAGUUUUGGUGAGGAUCCCAAAGAAGAAGUGAUGACUUUGGAGCGCAUUCUGCUCCAAACGAUCAAGUUCGAUUUGCAGGUGGAGCACCCAUAUGGGUAUCUGUUGAAAUAUGCCAAGUGCCUGAAAGGAGAUAAGGCUAAGUUACAGAAGAUGGUACAAAUGGCGUGGACUUUUGUGAAUGACAGUUUAUGCACAACACUGUGUUUACAAUGGGAGCCUGAAGUGAUAGCUGUAGCGUUGAUGUUCCUCGCGGGCAAGCUCAGCAAGUUUGAGGUGGUGGACUGGAACGGACGGACCCCAAAACACACAGCAUGGUGGGACAUGUUUGUUGAAGAUAUCACUAUGGAGCUGCUGGAAGAUAUAUGCCAUCAGGUGUUAGACCUGUACUCGCCACAAACGCAACCGUCGGGGGGCGACUCCCCCCCUCUGGCGAACCCCUCGAAGGCUCCAAAAAACUUGCAGAAGCCCCCGUCCGGUACACCGCCCGCUUCCGCAUCGCCUGUCGCGCCUAUAAGUAAGCCAGCGGUCACACCGAUCAAAAAUGGCGGGGACUUGAAGCCUGAGCCGCCCAAGUUGGAGCCUCCGCCGAGGUUCGGCUACGCGCCGCCGCCGUACGCGAGCAUCCCCCCGCCGGCGCCGUUCCCCCCCAUGCCGGCGUUCGGCGCGCCCCCGCCCCCGCUGGCGCGCCUGCCGCUGCUGUACUCGGAGCCGCCCCCCGCGGCGCCGCGCUACCCCCCGCCGCCCCCCGCACACCCGCCCGUGUCGGUGCCCCCUCCCUACUACCCCCCCAUCCCCGCGCCGCCCCCGCGACCGUAUUUUCCGCCGCCGUAGCGUUAAGAUUUACAAUAGUAUAAUUUUUUACCGAAAUAUAAAGUGAUGGCCAA